AUGAUUCCCUGCAGAGCUGUGCUGACUUUUGCCCGAUGUCUGAUCCGAAGAAAAAUUGUCACUCUGGACACUCUAGAAGAUACCAAAUUAUGCCGCUGCUUAUCCACCAUGGACCUCAUUGCCCUGGGGGUUGGAAGCACUCUUGGAGCUGGGGUGUAUGUGCUUGCGGGUGAAGUUGCCAAAGCAGACUCUGGCCCCAGCAUUGUCCUGUCCUUCCUCAUUGCUGCCCUGGCCUCCAUGAUGGCUGGCCUUUGCUAUGCUGAAUUUGGAGCCCGAGUUCCCAAGACUGGGUCUGCAUAUUUGUACACUUAUGUUACUGUUGGAGAGCUGUGGGCCUUCAUCACUGGAUGGAAUCUUAUUCUAUCUUAUGUGAUAGGUACCUCAAGUGUCGCAAGAGCAUGGAGUGGCACCUUUGAUGAACUUCUUAGCAAACAGAUUGGUCAGUUUUUCAGGACAUACUUCAAAAUGAAUUACACCGGCCUUGCAGAGUAUCCAGACUUUUUUGCUGUGUGCCUUAUAUUAAUUCUAGCAGGUCUUUUAUCUUUUGGAGUAAAAGAGUCUGCUUGGGUGAAUAAAGUCUUCACAGCCAUUAAUAUCCUGGUCCUUCUCUUUGUUAUGGUUGCUGGCUUUGUGAAAGGAAAUGUGGCUAACUGGAAGAUUAGUGAAGAGUUUCUCAAAAAUAUAUCAGCAAGUGCCAGAGAGCCGCCUUCUGAAAAUGGAACAAGUGUCUAUGGGACCGGCGGCUUUAUGCCUUAUGGCUUUGCAGGGACUCUGGCUGGUGCUGCAACUUGCUUUUAUGCCUUUGUGGGAUUUGACUGCAUUGCAACAACUGGUGAAGAAGUCCGGAAUCCCCAGAAAGCUAUUCCCAUUGGAAUUGUGACUUCUUUGCUUGUUUGCUUUAUGGCAUAUUUUGGGGUCUCUGCAGCUUUAACACUUAUGAUGCCAUACUACCUCCUCGACGAAAAAAGCCCCCUUCCUGUAGCAUUUGAAUAUGUUGGAUGGGGUCCUGCCAAAUAUGUUGUUGCAGCGGGCUCCCUCUGUGCUUUGUCAACAAGGUACAUUUCUUCUUGGAUCCAUUUUCCCAAUGCCUCGUGUAAUCUAUGCUAUGGCGGAGGAUGGGUUGCUUUUCAAAUGUCUAGCUCAGAUCAAUUCCAAAACGAAGACACCAAUAAUUGCUACUUUAUCAUCGGGUGCGGUAGCAGUCUUCUGGGCUCUAUGUUUCCUUUACCCCGAAUUCUGUUUGCGAUGGCCCGGGAUGGUUUACUGUUUAGAUUUCUUGCCAGAGUGAGUAAGAGGCAGUCACCAGUUGCUGCCACAAUGACAGCCGGGGUCAUUUCUGCUGUGAUGGCAUUUCUUUUUGAUCUGAAGGCGCUUGUGGACAUGAUGUCCAUUGGCACUUUGAUGGCCUACUCUCUGGUCGCAGCCUGUGUUCUCAUUCUCAGGUACCAGCCCAGCUUAUCUUAUGAGCAGCCCAGAUAUUCUCCUGAGAAAGAAGCUCUGGGAUCAUGUGCCAGCACAGCUUCAAAAAGCGAGUCCCAGGUCACCAUGUUGCAAGGACAGGGCUUCAGCCUGCGAACCCUCUUCAGCCCCUCUGUUUUGCCUACGCCACAGUCAGCUUCUCUCGUGAGCUUUCUGGUAGGAUUCCUGGCAUUUCUCAUCCUGGGCCUGAGUGUCCUGACCACUCACGGGGUGCAUGCCAUCGCCGGCCUGCAAGCCUGGAGCCUGGCUCUUCUCACCCUGUUCCUCGUGCUCUGCGCUGCUGUCGUCCUCACUAUCUGGAGGCAGCCCCAGAAUCAGCGGAAAGUAGCCUUUAUGGUUCCGUUCUUACCAUUUUUGCCAGCGUUCAGCAUCCUGGUGAACAUUUACUUGAUGAUUCAGUUGAGUGCAGACACUUGGAUCAGAUUUAGCAUUUGGAUGGCACUUGGUCUCCUGAUUUACUUUGCUUAUGGCAUCAGACACAGCCUGGAGGGUAAUCCGAGGGAUGCAGAAGAUGAAGAUGCUUAUUCAGAUACCAUUAAUGCAGCAACAGAAGAAAAAUCUGUUAUUCAAGCAAGUGACCGUCAACAAGGAAAUCUCACUUUACCUUUCCCGUUCCACGAAAAGACAAGCGAAUGUUAAUACUUGCAGAGCAGUGCUGGUCCACAGUCUUAACUUACACAUCCUACACUGAGUAAACCAUGACGGGAUGUCAUCAUCACACUAGGUUGUCACAGGUUUGCUGCAUACAUAGUUCACCCUAACUUCUACCUACUCAUCUGGACAGCAUCUCUUCAGCUGGUGAAUUAUGUGUCCAGGAAACCUCCAGAGCUCUCUCCGUAGUGUUGAAUAUCCCCAAAAUAGUGGGAGUAUGUGUGUGUACAUCUAUAUAUGUUUGGGAACAUGAAUGUUAAAAGUUAGUUGGUGUUUUACUAUUAAUGUGUUACAUUUCCCAGUGUUGUCAUUAGUGGGUGGUGUAGGCCACACAUGCUGAGAUAAGAGGUAAAUCACUGAACAGAAAAGUGUUUCUGUGUGCCCAGUGCAGUUGGGGAAAUAAUGGUUGCUUUUCCUUAUUAGGCUUCAUCAAUGCCAAUUUAGAACAUGCUGAAGAUGCAGCUACCCCUUCUGGUGUCUGUCACUGGUUAGGUGUAAGAGCAGGGGAUGAGGAACGAGUCUUUUCUAUAAGUUGUAAAUGCCAGCAGUGGGUUUAGUGCAGCUUUCUUUUCUAUGAGGUAUGGCAGUUUGCUAAAACUUUCGCCAGUAGGAGUGUUUCCUUCUGCUGCACUAUCUAGGGCUUUCCAGGUCACCACAUGAUCCAUCCCUUUGACCUCCUAUCUGCGAGAGCAGUGGUCCUUAAAUAUGAUGUCUUCACCUGCUGUGAAUGACAUACCCCUGCAACCCAGUGAGGGUCUUGAGAGAGGUACUGUGAUCUACCUGGGACCUUUUAAACUAGAUAAAGAAGGUGGUCCUCACAGCCAGAAAGCUUGUAUAAGUGGCAAUGAUGGGGAUAUGUUUGAAGAUCAAAGAGUUAGGCAUAUGCUUGGGUAAGUAGACAAAGACACCAAGCAUCUUUUCUUAAAAUGUCAUUUAAAUUAAGCCAAUAGACUCUCCCAGAUCACACAACUGGUGGAAUGAUUCAUACUUCUUUCUAUUACUUAAUAACUAAUCACAAUUCAGUUUUUUAACCUUAUCAGGCACAGAAUUCACUCCUUUGUUUCUAUUAUUAUUUUUUCCUGUCCUGGAUAUGAGGGGCUA